CUCUUCCCACCCCCCCAAAAAAAGGCCAGCCUUACUCCCUCGUCCUCUAUUGCUGUCUCACCUCAUCUCUGCUUCUCCCAGCCGGCCGUCGUUUUGCUCCUGUUGCCUCAUUUCCAUCGUCCAAUCCUCCCCCAAUUGCCACGUGCUGCUUCUCUGUCGCUGCUGCUGCUACGCUCUCGAGGCUGUCGUGUCUGCAUUCAAUUCAGCAGUCCAGGCCUCGCCCAGCCGGAAAACUUUCCUCCGCCGUCUCCAGAGCCUCUGCGGCUCAUCUGCUCGUCUGCUCGUCUCCUCGUCUCCUCGUCUCCCUCGUCUCGCCGUGCCCUCCGCCGAGCCCGUCCAUGGAACCGUCUAGUAAAAAGCGGAAGCUGGCUCCCAAAGUCAACACUGCGGCAGCCCCCAAUCCUCAGCCUGCUGCGCAGUAUUCUCACGAGACGCCACAACAACAGCCGUACGCCGUCCACGAUGUUCCGGUUGCCGAACGACAAGACUUCGAGGCCUUUGCGCGCCAUCUGCAGGAUGCUGCCAUGCUGAUACAGCGCCAGACAGAGCGUCCGCCUCACAGCGACGUAUCCGUAUUGCUCUUAAAUUGGGAGGAAGACCGUACGGUAGACGAGGACGUCACUUCGAUGGAGCAGGUCAUACAGAAACAGUAUGGCUUCAACACACAGCGCUGGCAGAUUCCCACCGUACCAAAUCCAAGCAUUAAGCUCGGCGUCCAGAUGGCCUCUUUCCUCGAAAACGCAAGGCCCAACCAUCUCCUCAUCAUAUACUAUGCUGGUUAUGGGUAUGCCGGCCCCGACGGACAGCUGUAUUGGGCCUGCAACGCACGCGAAGAUGCUGCCAAGCUCAAAUGGGAUGGUGUGAGAUGUCUGUUCGAAGAUGCCCAGUCCGACAUCCUCUUACUUCUUGAUACCUGUGCCAAACCGGACUCUACAGCUGCCGGCAGCCACGGCGUGAAACAGGCAAUUGCAGCUUGUUCGCCAGAGCACAAGCUUCGUGACGAUCCUGGCCAACGCUCCUUCACCUCCUAUCUAGUCGAAUCGCUCCAUAAGCUGAGUAGCGCGCAGCAGCCCUUCAGCGCUCAGAGACUACACGAAGAGAUUUGCGUCCUGAAACAGCAACAGCAACAGCAAAACGCAAGCAGCCCCGCCACAGCUCCUACUACAUUGCUCGUAAUGCCCAUAUUCUUCACCCUCACGCCCACAAAGGGACACAGCCUGAUGCUGGCAUCAAUGGUAGGCAGAGCGCCGGCGCCUCCUCUGAAUGGCGUGGAUGUGCCAGACGGCGGCCAGAACAGUCGCGCUCGUGAAGACAAUCUUAUCGACGCAGCCUCCGUCGCUGACCUCCGAUUUGAGGAGGCUCGGAUCUUGGUCUGCACAACGUUCGUCGGGGAUGCGAGCCCAGAUAUGUCCUACUUUCACCAGUGGCUGCAGAACAAGCCGACCCUCAGCGCUGCCAUUGCCGUCGAGGGCAUGUUCCUUGGCCCCCCCACCAUGCUGCUGAUAUCAAUGCCCCACUCCAUAUGGAAUGUUGUCCAGCAUGAUAAAGUCUGCUGUUUCCUGGGCUACAUUAGUUCUCACAACAUGAUCCAUCUGUAUGAAAAACUGGUGGGGCCUGGCGGUAUCCGGCCGUCUGCCAAGGAAGUAGAGGAUGGCCGCAUCUUGCUGGAGGCCAGAGAGCUGGCGGCGGGGACACCUUCGCGUACUCGACGGGAGCCAGACCCGUAUCUUCAUGCAGCGGCCCGCGACGGUCUUGAAUACAGGUCACAAAGUAGCCCCUCCGGUGCGGCGUAUACGCCGGCCACCCCUCGAAACAUUGCGCCGAUGAAGCCAAAGGACGACGUCGAGGAUUCUGCCGAGAUGCAGGAAGCCGCAGAACAGCUCAAGGCCCUGAGCCAUGUUCGGCCGAGAGGCGACGACGGGCCUCCUCCUCCUCACCCGCCUGUUCCUGUCCCUGCUGCCCCUACUACGCUCCCUGCCCUCCCUCCACUUCCCCCAAUUUCUGCGCUUCCGCCAUCUCCAGUACUUCCUGCAGUGCGGCAACACCGGACAACGCUCCCAGAUGGCAUCCCCGAAUCGAGACACAGUGAGGCAAACUCAUCCCGCGAUAUCGUCGAAGCUGCAACUGCUAGUGCCAUGGCUGUGGACUCGGCUUCACAUUUGCGGAUGAAGGCGCCGCGGCGGUCUCUUCCCAAGCAGGAGACGCGUUGCAAUCACUGCAGCCACGCACCAUUCAAAGAUACGUCUUCACUCCGUAAACAUAUCGCCGCCGCCCAUACACGACCAUUCCCUUGCGCUUUCUCCUUUGCUGGCUGUGCCAGUACAUUUGGAUCAAAGAACGAGUGGAAACGUCACAUUGCCUCGCAGCAUCUCUGUCUGACAUACUAUUGCUGUUCUGCCUGCCCGCAGAGCGCGAUGGAGGGCAAAGGUAACGAGUUCAACCGCAAAGAUCUCUUCACGCAGCAUCUCCGCCGAAUGCACGCUCCUUUCCAGAUCAAAAGGACAAUUGCCAAGGGCGAUAGCAAGCUGAUGGCCGAGUGGGACGCUCACGUUAAAGAAAUGCAGCAGUCAUGCCUGGUCACUCGACGGCACCCUCCUCAAAAGUCAGCUUGCCCCAGGAAAGAAUGCAAUGCCGUUUUCGAGGGGCCCACGUCGUGGGAUGAGUGGACUGAGCAUGUGGGGCGGCACAUGGAGAAGGGUGAAGCCCAACGGCUGGGCAUCGACAAGUUGCUGGCAGAAUGGGCUCUUGACGAAGGCAUCAUUGAGCUGAGAAGCGAUGGCGAGUACCGUUUGUGCGCCACAAACGGCGUUUUCCCCGGUAGCAGCAACGGUGGCAUGAAUAAUGGUAUCGCCGUCCAUACUCAGCCAGCGGUAGAGCACAAAGAGUCCGCUCUCUCCCUUCCAGAACAUGCGUCAUCUGCAGAAGAGACUUCUGUAAUGGAAGCUAAGCCAGCUGAAGAUACGCUAAUGGCAGAAGGAUGAGCCCUUUUGCUAAAUCCUUUCAGGAGCAAGAACUUCGGAUUAUUUACUACCUGUCUGAAGUGACUAGCUUACGAAUACUUGGCCGUCACUGCCGCCGUUGUAUCAGAUCUCUCUGUGCAUGCAUCCAUGAUUCCAUAUGGCCUAUACAAAUCCGAGAAUGACUAACGAAAGCAACGACGAUGGAAUCUCUGUCCUGCAUCUCAUUUUAUUCUUCUAUUUCCUUGACUCGUCUGUCACUCCCGUGCAUAACUUCAUCAUCAAAUGCUCUGAAGCCUAGGUUUACUAUUAACGGCGUUUAUAUAUAUGGUUUUGGCUUCCCAGGUUUUUUUUUUCUCCUCCUUCUUCUCCUUCUUUUUUUCUUUUCUUUGUUUUUCCAU